CUACGAUAGAUUUGACUCCCAGCUUUCGACAAGGAUCAUCCUAUCAAUGGUGGGUGAAAUGGGUUCGUGAAGCUCUGAUCUGCAGGUCUCCCAUAGGUUGAAAUAGCCGCCCGUAUACAGCGAAGGCCACCAGGGGCCAAGAUCUUAAAGACGCAUGGAGCCAAGAUACCAUGCUCGCUAGAACAACAUCAAGAAUAGGGGAUGCUUUCGAGAUAUCGGUAUCGUUCCCAAUAUAUCCCGUACUCCCCACGCGGACUCGACUUCUCGUUGCUCGUCGUUUCAUUGCAACCGCUCUGUUGAGAAGCCAACAUAAGACUUCACCAUGGACAAAGACAAAAAGAACUAUGAAGUCAAUACCGCUCCAUCAACCUCAUCUUAUGUGGGAGUUUCAGAAGCAAUGCCACAGAAGGUGCCGCUUGGGAAGCAGAUUCUGUAUCAUCUUUGGGAUGCCGACCAACAAUUGAAGAGCCCACAGGAAAGAGCUCUAGUCCGAAAGCUCGAUUUCGGAAUUCUCAUCUGUUCAACACUUCGUUGGUCGAUGAAAUACAUCGAUCAAAGCAAUCUCACAAAUGCUUAUGUCAGCGGGAUGAAGGAAGACUUGAACAUUGAGGUAAAUGAGUAUACGUAUAUGUUAAUGUGUUAUACCAUUGCUUUCGCUAUCAUGCAAAUCCCAUCAAACAUGAUCGCCCUCAAAGUCAGCUCCCGCAUCUGCUUAGUUGUCUGCGAAUUCGGCUGGACUGCCUUCACCUUUGCUCAAGCUGCGGCGCAAAAUAGCACCCACAUGUAUGCUUUCCGAUUCAUGAUCGGCAUUUUCGAGUUUGGAUUCUCGCCAAUCAUCAUCUUUCUCCUCGGAUGUUGGUAUACAAAAACAGAACUUGCAAAGCGAAUAGCAAUUUGGCACAUCACUGGCUUCUUUGGUCAAGCUACUUCCGGAUUUCUUCAAGCUGGAAUCUACAGUUCAUUGAAUGGCCACCUAGGAUUGGCAGGUUGGAGAUGGAUGUAUAUCAUAUGUGGCUGUAUGUCAGUGCCCGUCGCCGGGUCAGUCUGGUUCCUACUUCCAGACUACCCCCACAAUACGAAAGCAUGGUAUCUCACCGAGGAUGACAAACGGAUUGCACUGGAGCGUGCUGCCAAACAGGGCAAAGCCGAGGUCACGGGUGUGAUGGAUUUGAAGCUCGUGAAACGCAUGUUCGGGAGCUGGCGUUGGUGGGUCCUGGUUUUGAUGUACAUCUUUUACGGAAAUUCAUGCCAGGCUAAUAAUUACUUCGCGAUUUAUCUCAAGGCAGAAGGCUACAGCGUAACUCAACGAAAUGUAAUUCCGGCGUGUGCAAACAUCGUCUCGAUGGUCACGGAUUUCGCAUGGGGAUUUAUGUCAGACUUGACUCAAAAUCGAGCGUGGUGGAUUACUGGUCCUCUUCUAUUCACAACCGUCAUUGGAUCAUCCACCUUGACCGCUUGGCCCGCGGCAGAUGCGGCGAGAGUAGCUGCGUUCUUCUUCGUCUCAAGAGGCUACGUGACUGCUGUCACGUGGACUUGGGCAAAUGAAAUCAACGUUGGAAAUGCUCAAGAACGUGCCUUGACAAUCUCGAGCAUGAAUGGAAUCUUCUAUGCCACCAAUUCCUUCCUGCCCAUCCUUAUAUUUCCGCAAACGGAAGGACCUAAAUUUCUAAAGGGGUUUCCUUCGAUUCUCGCAUUCGCUUUAUUAGCAAUCAUUCUCGUUUUCUUGGCGGACUACCUCCAUAAACGUCAACUCAAACAAGAAGUUGAAGCGGCCCUGGCUUCUCCUCCUUCCGAAGCUACUGAUAGGGACGUGAGUAAUGAGGGCUAA